UUAAGGGUUAAAUAACCCACGAACCUACCCCACAUCGCAAUUUCCAAGCCCCUCUAUAUAAACCCCUCAAGCUUCAACUUGUGAUUGCACAUAUCAUCCUCAUUUAGAUACUGUACAAGUUUGGGAGAAGUAAUAAUGAAGGUAGGAAGAUAUGCUGUUUUGCUGGCAGCCAGGGACUCCGAGUUUGUGGAGAAAGUGUAUGGGGGUUAUUUCAAUGUGUUUAUUGCUGCUUUUGGAGAAGAAGGAGAAAGGUGGGACUUAUUCAGGGUUGUGGAUGAUGAGUUCCCUGACAUGAGUGAGCUGUACAAGUAUGAUGGAUUUGUGAUCAGUGGGAGUCCCUAUGAUGCUUACGGGAAUGAUUACUGGAUUCUCAAGCUUUGCUUCCUCUUGCAGACACUUGAUGCCAUGGAGAAGAAAGUCCUUGGGAUCUGCUUUGGCCAUCAGGUUUUGUGCAGGUCAUUGGGGGGGAAAGUUGGCAAGGCUUGCAGUGGAUGGGAUAUAGGGCUGAGGACAGUAAAAGUCGUGAAAGAUUUGUGGGUCCCCAGCUCCCUGGAAGAGUUGGAUGAAAUGCCCUCUUCCCUGUCAAUCAUAGAGUGCCACCAGGACGAAGUAUUCGAGGUCCCAAUGGGAGCUCAAGUGGUUGCAUUUUCGGAAAAGACGGGUGUGGAGAUGUUCGUGAUUGGACAACACAUACUUGGCAUUCAGGGCCAUCCAGAGUAUACCAGGGACAUCCUAUACAACAUCAUCGAUCGCCUUCUCGAUAACAACUCCAUUCAGAAUAUGCAGAGAGAUAUUGCCGAGAAAGCUAAAUUUGGAUUGGAAACUGCUGAACCUGACAGGAAGAGCUGGGAAAAGAUAUGCAGGGAUUUUCUGAAGAGAAGACAGAAUUCCAGCUUUUCAUGAAAAUGGAUUAUCUUGGAUAUUUGAUGGCAUUUUGGAACCAUCAAGUUUCUUGGAGCUACUCUAAGCCUACCUAAUUUCAAACGUGUUAAAACUUUUGUAUUCUUCUUUAAUUGACAUGAAACAUAUUAGGCACCGACAGAUUUGUUUUUGGUGAAUCAGUUUCUUGCACAAUUCAGUAGCAACACCUUACCUAAACAAAGUCGAUUUGAAAUAUUACCAUCGGAUAAACUAUUCGAGUGGCGUAGGAGGGAGCCAUGUUAUUGUUAGAGGUGCCAAACGGCUGGAUUCAUAUAACAUUUUUUUCUGGCUUUAAAA